AUGUUCUGGGAAGUGCUAGCUAGCUCCGAAAAUAUGGACAUGGUCAACCUCAUGUGUUGGUAUGUCAAUCGUGCGAAAGACCCACAGGAAAGGGAUGAGGCGAUGGAAGUGAUUGGGAAGAAGCAGAGACGUGUUAUGGAAGGUAAAUCUCGUUAUCAAUUAUGUGUAUUUGCUGAGGGUACCACAUCUAAUGGAACCUCACUUAUGCAUUAUCAUGAUGGUGCAUUUGAGAGUAUGUUGCCUGUACAGCCAUUGUAUAUACAGUACUCCAACCUCAAUAUCAGCUUCACUUGCUUCGACCUGUUACCACACUUCUUCCUGGUCAUGGCCCUUCCCCCAUGGCAUACCAUCACUUGCACAGUUCGUUGGUUACCUAAGGUGGCUCCUGAUGCUGGCAGUUCUGUAAGGGACUUCUCUGGUAGAGUUAGAGAUGAAGUGGCCAAGGCAGGGAACCUUCGACUGGACAACAAGUCCAAUCUGAAAGGUCACUAUGAGAUCACAGACUUCUUCUUGGGUGAUAAUGCAGCAAAGAUUGCCACUAAGAAGGACCGAGAUAACACCGCGCUUGUGCGCAAGUCGUCAUACAACUCAGCAGAUACCUCAGCCAGCGACUAA